GUGUAGUGUGUGAGCAGCCGGGCGCAGUGUGUACAGUGGGCGCUGUUGCUGAUGCUGACUCAGUGCUCGGCUUCAAGGGACCAUGGUGGACAGUGUGUACCGGACCCGCUCGCUGGGGGUGGCGGCGGAGGGGCUCCCCGAUCAGUACGCAGAUGGACGAGCGGCUCGAGUCUGGCAUUACUACAUCGGAGACAAGCGGAGUCGCACCGAUGAAUAUCGCUCCUGGAUCCUGUCCCUGCUGCAGAAGCAUGGCUGCCAGAGCGUGCUGGACGUCGCCUGCGGCACAGGGGUGGACUCAGAGAUGUUGGUGGAGGAGGGAUUCUCCGUGGUCAGUGUCGAUGCCAGUGAUAAGAUGUUGAAAUAUGCUCUGAAAACACGAUGGAACCGGAGAAAGGAACCAGCAUUUGACAAAUGGGUCAUAGAGGAAGGGAACUGGCUGUCUCUGGAUCAGGAUAUCUCACGACCUGGGAAGGGAUUUGAUGCUGUGAUAUGUCUAGGGAAUUCAUUCGCUCAUCUUCCUGACUUCAAAGGAGACCAGAGUGACCAACGUCUGGCACUCCAUAACAUUGCUGGGAUGGUGCGACCUGGGGGAAUCUUCAUCAUUGAUCACAGAAACUAUGACUACAUCCUGAACACAGGCUGCGCACCGCAAGGGAAGAACAUUUACUACAAGAGUGACCUGACGCAGGACAUCAGCACCUCUGUCUUGUGGGUGGAUAACAAGCCACAUAUGGUGACCCUGGAUUACACAGUCCAGUUGCCGGCCUCAGGGGAGUCACAGCCUGAGCUGAGUAAAUUCCGCCUGUCGUACUACCCUCACCGCCUGGCGUCCUUCACUGCGCUCCUGCAGGAGGCCUUUGGGGGUCAUUGCGAGCACAGGGUUUAUGGGGAUUUUAAGCCAUAUACCCCCGGCCAGGACAAUGAACCCUGUUACUUCAUACAUGUGACAAGGAGGACAGCCUGAGACGUUGCCGAGACAUCUGCAUAAUCGCGGCCGAAAACUCUCUGGAUUGGAUCUGAAGCAACGUUUUAAUAACCUGUAAUUGCUGGAGGAGGCGUCUGGCUUCUGCUAGGCUUGAGGCGCUUAGUGUAUAAAUAAAUCCGCUGCUACACUGUUUAGUGUCACCUCGUGUCACACACCGUUCUUUCAUUGCAUUCUACAACUAACGUUAUCUGUUACGUCAUCAGUACAUUUUUUUUUACGCCUUUAAUUUACCAGUUUUGAUGUUUAUUGUUACAUUUAUUCUGUCAUACAACUUGCAAAUUUGCAACCGCAUCAGCUAUGACACCAAUUGUUAAAAUACUCAAUCAUUGCAGACUUCACAUGAAUUUCAGGUGUAAAACUACUCGAAAAAUGUGCCAUUUUAAAAUAUUUUGUAUGUUUGUC